GGUGAUUUCCGUUCACUGAAUCAACAAGCGACAGGACUGUGGGAAUGACUUGUUGUUCAGGCUGUGGUGCACGCAAGUCACAGGGUGCCGUGCGGCACGCCUUCCUCAUGGGCAUCAGCGCCGUCUACGCAGCCGCCUUCGUCUCCAUCUACCUGCAGCUUCCGGGCUUGUAUGGGGCGACUGGUCUCGUCCCUGCUCAGGCGCAGCUGGAGAAGGCGGCUGUGAGCGAGGACAACUGGCUGGAGAACUUCAAGGCACACCCGACGGCACUGUGGCUAUAUCAGCCGCUUCAUGAACAUGUGGACACCAUCAUGGACGCUGUUGCCUUGCUCGGCGCCUUUCUGUCCUUCGUCUCUGUCAUCUACUGGCGGUGCCGGUGCCUUCCCGUCUAUGCCGUACUAUGGUUCUGCUACUUUUCCCUGUACCAAGUCGGCAACACCUUCCUCUACUUCCAAUGGGACAUUCUGUUGCUGGAAGUUGGCUUCUUAGCUGCAGCAACAGCACCGCUCGUGUGCGUUCGCAACCAAUAUCACCCUGGUGGAGACCUGAUGCUGUCGCUUGUGCGCUGGCUCUUCUUUCGCCUCAUGUUCCUCAGCGGCAUUGUCAAGCUCACAAGUCAGUGCCCGACAUGGUGGGGGCUGACGGCGAUGGAUGUCCAUUACGAGAGCCAGUGCAUCCCAACACCGCUCGCCUGGUUUGCGCAUCAGCUGCCGCACUGGUUCCAGGCGUUCAGUGUGGUGCAGGUAUAUGUGAUUGAGGCGGUGCUUCCAUUUGGAUUCUUUCUCCCGUUUUCCAGCGUGCGCGUCGUGUGCGCGGUGGCGCAAGUUGUGCUGAUGGCCCUCAUCUUCGUCACAGGAAAUUACAACUUCUUCAACAUCCUCACUGCCCUGCUCGCCAUCCCUGUCCUCUACGACAACGAGCUGAAGGCCGUCGUCUCAUCACGCUUUGUCGACAUGCACGUGUCCGCGCGCAAGCAGGGCCUGCGCCUGAUUAAGCGGCUGCCGUGGUGGGCUGAGGCGCUGUUCCUGCUCAUCGCCGCCCUCGCUGUUGGCACAUUCACGGCACACGCUUUUGACGUGCAUGUGCAAGCAGAUAUGCAUGUGCCCAUCACCGCAACCGUGGCUUUUACCAAGCAGCAGUUCUCGCACUGGCUUACCCGCGCCCUGGAGGCUGGCAUUGUCCUCGGAGCGAUUGGCGUGGCUGUGCCAUGCAUGGUUGCUGUUUUCAAGGCUCUGAGGAAGUGUAACCUUGGGCACCUUGCAUCUGUGCUGCCGCGGGUGGGCGUUGCCGCCCUCCUGUUUGCGGCGUCCAUCGAGACGCUUCGCUGGAACGAUCGCGCCUUUCGCCUCCACACUGCCCCCGGAUAUGAGGUCGUCCAGCAAAGCCACCAGCUGCUCGAUCCGCUGCAAGUUGUCACUUCGUACGGGCUGUUCCGCGGCAUGAGUGGUGUUGGCGGCCGCCCAGAGGUCUCCGUGGAGGGCAGCAGGGACGCGCGCACGUGGCACGAUUACGCCUUCAAGUCCAAGCCUGGCAAGGUCACCGGCAGACCGCCUUUUAUCGCCCCACACCAGCCCCGGCUUGAUUGGCAGAUGUGGUUUGCCGCACUCGGCAGCAUCGAACACAACCCGUGGCUGCAGCACCUUGCCAUCAGGCUGCUUGAGGGCGAGCCAGCGGUGUUGGAUCUGCUUGAGAAGGAGCAGCCGGAUGACAUGCACGUGCGGCCACCAAAGUACAUCCGCAUGCGCCACUGGACAUACCACUACACCAACGCGACAGAGGCCGUUGGCGAAACGGCACCGCUGCGUGGCCAGUGGUGGAAGCGCGAGAUGCGGCCUGGACUGUACAUGAUUGAGGUGUCGCUGGAGUCGCAGGCAAAUGCCAUUGCCGCCAUUCGCAAGCACUUCCACAACGGACGCAGCUCCCUUCCAUCCGUUGAUGCUGACGCCUGCACAGAAUCAUGGCUGUGUGUGGGAACACGAGCUGUACGUCAGGCCAUGCGUGGACAGGACGAGUUUAUGGUAAUGGUGUCUCUGUUUGCCACCAUGCUCGUGCUGCAGCUCAUCUCUUUGGCCCUCUGCAACCCCAACACCAGCAAGAAGACAAACACCACCACCACCAACAACAGAAACAGCAAGCAGCCAACUGCAGCUGCCAGCAAGAAGCGGCAGUGA